ACUGCCUGUGUUUACAGGCAGACGCACCUGAAGCGCGCAUGCGCGCAGCGCGGUGCGCCCAGUGUGUCACGACACACAUCUGCCGGGCUGCGCGUAACGGGACGGCGCCCCCCACCCCCUCGGCCCGUCUGCGCUGACCCACUUGACGGCGCGGCUUUUUUUCUGGCUUACGGUAACGCGGCUGGCUGCGAGCGCCUGCAGUGCCCGACGCGACGGCGGCCCGAGAGGUUCGGAAGGACGAGCGAUCAGGAAGAGCGCUCGGCCCAGCGACGAGGAGUGGUGAGGCGCGAUGCGGAGCUGCCAGCAGCGACCCCGACCCAGACCCAGGUAGCGGCCAGCGAGCGCAGCGCCACAGCACCGCCAGACGUCGCGUCGCCACAGGGAUGGCCGCACACGGCCUGCUCCUGAUUAUUCUAAGUUGCAUUCACAUUUUACAUGCAUAUGAUGGCUAUUCGUCAUGUGCGAAACCAUACAGGACGUCUAAAUCUCAUGAACCACCAUGUGACUUUCAGAAGCAAUCAUGGUGCACAGUCCCUGGAAGUGCCUACCCCUGGCAUGCAGUUCGUCGAUUUGUCCAGGAGAACCAUGGCCUGAUGCGAAGAAUGUAUGGUGAAGAAAGACACAUUUCUGUCCUCAGAGCUGAAAUUGUGUCCAAUGAUGUGAAUUACAUGCACGACAAUGAAUGGAAGCUUGGAGAAUCGCGAAGAACAUCAUUCAGAAAUAAGGCUCCUGUGACAAGUGCCACUACAAAGGAACAGAAGCAAGAAGCUCCCUCUUCAUCUACCUCAACUGCAUCUCCUCAAGGAACAACUACAAACACUAAGAGCACUACACAGAACACGACACAGAAUCUGAAGCCAUCUCCACUAACCACUACCAAUUUUUCCUCAAAGUAUAAUACCACCCAGCAUACAACUGUAACACCUGCCAGCACACUGCUGACAACUACUGCUCAAGAUAACAGUACAAGUUUCAUUGAAGACUCUACAGAAGACAGCUUUAUGGGAUCAAGCCUUGUGCCAGAUCUUAUUACUGAUCAGAUUGAAAUAACUACUGACACAGUUAUUGUUACAAAUACUCACAUAACAACUACUGAAGGGACAACCAGUACAACAGCACAGCUACCGAAGGAGGACGUUUCAGAAACUAUGCUUUUUCAAGAUGCACAAGCGAAGCAUAAGGAACAGCCACUGCCAGCACACAGACUUCGAGGAGUGAAUGCUUGUCCUGUGAAAGAAGAAGUUGUAGCACCUUUUUGGGCUAACAACACCCGAGGGGAAGUUCUUGCUUUAUUGAAUUUGUAUCCAUUUGAGCAAUAUGUUCACUGGGAAAAAUGCACGUAUGAGCUGAAACAAAUGUACUGUCGCGAAGGGUGUCGCUGUGAACAACAGUAUCGUCUUCACAGACUGUUGGCGUAUGACCCCAACAAUGAAUGUCGUGGAAUAUUCUCCGAUUGGUUUAAAUUUCCAUCAUGUUGUGUUUGUCGCUGCUAUGACCUGCCACCUGAAUUCCAAAUGACAUCUCGAAGUCCAAGAACCCAGCCAUCAGUCUCAAACAGCUUAGGACAGCCACCAACUCAUUGGUAUAAGAAAGAAAGUGACUAAUUUUCAUGUACUAUAUUUGCAAAGACUUCUGCAGGGAACAACUAGUAUUUAAUUGUAUUGAAGUUAAUUUUGAAACAAUUUAAUAUUAACACCCCAAUACUGCUGCAUACCAUGCGAGAUGAGAUAUAAUUAUAUUACACUGGAUUACUGAAGGAGGGAGGGAGAGAGAGAGAGAGAGAGAGAGAGAGAGAGAGAGAGAGAGAGAGAGAGAGAGA